UGCGAUGCCCGAGGUCCCCAGGCUCCCGAGCGAGUGUGUAGCAGCCGCGCGCGUGUGGGGCAGCGUGUCAGCGCGCGUGUUGGAGAUGAAUUGGAGUCACACGACUGGGUGUUUCCUUCCGAGUGGUUUUGAUCAGCAAACCAUUAAGGGAUCAUGGAAACUUUUUUCUGGCUUAAACGACGAAAACUGACUCAGCUACUUUUUACUGUCAUCUAUGGGAAUGCUCUCAUUAAUCACCUCUGACUUUUGGAACCUGUGAUCCGUUGGCAUGACCUUUUGGAAAGUUCUUAAGCGGAGAUGGAGCACACUUGACUGCAAUUGUGGAAAAAGAAGACAGAUUUGUCUUUUUCAUACGGACAAAAAAUAGCUGCUAUGACUUUUCCAGUAACGUGGACAGGGGCCAAGUGAAGCUGAACUGGUCAUGCUCUGUCGCCCAGUUUUCCUUUGUCGUCGGAGAUUGUGCACCCGGCCCUUCUUGGUGGGCUUGGUGGUGGCAAUCUGUCUCUUCUACCAGACCCUGACCAUCCGAGGUAGGAGGAAGCUCACGGCCUCUGUCCCUGGGGCUGGCUCCCACUCACAUACAGAAACUCAGGCAAACCGAUGCAAGAACAGCUCCACGCAGAACAAAUACUGCUUCCUUUUCUCUGGUAAUGCACAGGAAAUCAGAAAGAUAGAAGAAUCGAUGGAGACACACUUUGGCGGUGACGGCAGACAGGCUAUACUCUACCGGCCUCCUUCCUACAGCGAAACAGAGCUGAGGCUCUACCAGCGCGUCCUCACAGAGCAUCGCUAUUCUGUUGUCAUCACUGAAGAAAAGUUCAGCGCUGGCCGUGGGCUGGAGCUGGUAGGACAAGGUAAUUUAGACUCUUGGGAUCUUCUCAUUUGCCUGCCUUCAAGGAAAACUGAUGGAAAACCCUGUGCAUCCAAGGCAGAUAUGUGUCAGCUAGGUUUACAUCAAAAGAUAAAUAUAUUACCAGAAAUAUAUCAGCUUUGCAGAAAAGAAGGAUUAUGUCAGAUAAUUAGAAGAUUUCCAGAAUUGCGACUUCCUGUGAGUCCUUCUGUGUGUUUGGAUCAGGGAGUACAAUUCCAGCUGAGUACUUCAAGUCACCUUUUAAAAACAGUGAAACAACACACGUGGAAACCAUGGGACUGGCAACGUGAACAGCUGAAUCAAACAACAGUUCUCGUUCCUCAGAAGAUAAUCUUCGGAGCUGAGGAUCUAUCUGUGAUUCUAAAAGCGUAUGUGUUGGUGACAUCCUUAACCCCUUUACGUGCCUUCAUUCAUUCAACGGGCACAGUGUGGAUUCCACCAAAGAAAAAACGCUUUACUGUCAAGCUGCAAACAUUCUUUGAGACAUUCCUGAGAGCCAGUUCACCUCUACAGGCCUUGGAUACUAUGAAGGAGGCAAUCAGCAAACUUUUGCUGGCAGCUGAAGUCCUCAAUGAAGCAUCUACUCUGGGACCAAAGACCUUCCAUAGAUGUAGAUUAUGUUUCCAGCUUUUAACUUUUGAGAUCGGUUAUGGGAGUUUCAGGUACCCCACAGUGCUUCAGGUGCAUGAGCAUUUAAAUUUUCAAGAUGACGACAGUAUGGAUUUUGAGGACCAAAAUACAGAAGAGUUCCUUUUAAAAGACACUUUUGAUUUUCUCUUCUCCAAUAAAUCUUCACUUUCUGUAUUUUCUGAGAUAUUUAACAGACUUUAUAAAUCAGGUGUAUUUAAGGAUGAAAACUAUCAGAAGGAACUCAAGCAAUGCCUAUCAUUAGAUGAAAUUGAUUUAAUUAGGACUUUCAUAAAGGAACUUAUGAAUCUGGGACAAUUCCAACUGCUCUUCCCCUCCACUGCUCCUCAAAUUCAAUCUUUGAUGCAUAAAUUUUAUGAUACAAGAAAUCCUAUGGGAAAACCUGGCUCAGUCCUGACCCAGUACUGGUCUCUUUUAAAUAUAUUUGAACAAUUUUGGCUCAUGAAUAAAAAGGCACAGCUACAUCCACUGGAACGGAAUUCCUUCAUGGCAGAUGAGAACAAUGAAAAACCACAAAUGUCACUUGAUGCAAUUGAAAGUAAAAAAGCUUCAGUUCCACAAAUCCUGAAUGAAAAAAAAGAUAUACAGUGCAGUAAUGAUAAAGACACACUUUGUUAUCUCACACGGAUCUUUACACAUCCACCUUUGGACCUAAAUCCUGAAUUUGAUCCAAAGAUCAGAGAUUAUUACUCAGAAGUCCCAUUUGACGUGGUGACGGUGGCACUUGGAGUGAAGACCUCUAAGUGUCAGUGCCAGGUGCACCUGCGUGAGCGGGAAGGACCCAGCUUUGCCAAAUACCCUCUAGGUUUAGGAAUGAACAAAAUCUCAAUAUUGGUGGUGGAUAAAUCUCCAGCAGAGGGUGAGACCCUGAUCACAUAUAAACUGUCGAUUUAUAGAGAAGACCGCCCAAGUCUGCCUUUCUUUGAGGACUUCAAAGCUUGUGGUUUUUUGCAGGACUGUGGUUUGUUGAUUCACCCAGAGGAAACUUGUGGGUUACAGCCUAUUUCUUCUGACUAUAUUGAAGCCAUUUCACAGCCAGAACUAAGGAAUUGUCCAUCUGGGGACACAAAAGGUCAGUGGAUUGUUCCUUGCCUUAGUUGUUCAGACAACAGGACCUGUGACUGGAGAGAAAUCACUUGGCAGCCCCACAACUGUCAACACGGUGUCCUGACAAAGCCUCAGCUCCAACAGUGCCUGGGAGGAAGAAAGAUUAUUUUCAUUGGCGAUUCAACCAACAGAGGGAUGAUGUACUACCUGAUCGAAAGAGUGAACGAAACCCUGCAGGAAUGGCAGAAGCUGCAUGGUACUAAACUGUAUCUCAAUGUCAAUGGUGGAAAGACUCUGAUCAGUUACUCCUACUACCCCCAGUUCUGGAUAAGCUCUUCACUGAGACCAACAUUUGAGAAAGCACUUGAGCAUCUCUUGCAAAGAUCACGUCCACUAGAGAACACUGGCAAAACAGUAUUGGUUGUUGGUGGUGUUCAGUGGCUUAAUUCCAAUCACCUGCAAAUUAUUCACAAGGUUUUGAAGAGGGAAAAUUUACUUAAUAUCCUAGUAAUCAUCAAAACUUUGGGAAUUGGAUUUCACUUGCCAGUGGAUGGAGUACAUUACUUAACACAGAAUGACGUUCAAAACUUAUGGAAAGAAAAUGUGGUUAUUCUGGAUGCCGCAAAACAGUAUGGCUAUGAAGUAGUUGAUACGUUCAGUAUAACAGUGGGACGAUACAAAGAGUUUCUGCAGGGCAACUGCGGAUGUCAUUUCCAUGAGGUUGUGAAAUCAAAGUUAUCCAAAGAACACCACUUCAUUAAGAUGAAAAGAUCAAAGAAUCACAUUGUGGGAAAAUAUUUUAGCAGACUACAACAGCAAGACUCUAUAACCAAUUUUCAAUCACCAUAUCAUGUCCAAGGUCCAAUAAAUCAGGUUUGUUCAGAAAUCCUGCUCAGCAGGAUGUGUGCCAGGGGAAGGACCGUGUAGACUUCCUGCAGGAGAACUGUGCCUGGAGUUACAGACAAGCCAGUGACUUGGAUAAUGAUCUAUGACCCAACCAAUGUGCCUCACAUGUAUUUUGGAGUGACUCCGUGCUUACACACACAAGCACACACAUGCACACCAGUACACACUUAGCUUUUUUAAAAAGUAGCAGUAACACUUAUCUCCUAUAGCCUUACAAAAUUAAUAUGUGGCCUUGAACAAUUAGUUGGUUUCAGAGUGAGAGACAAAGCUAGGAAAAAAGUUUACUUGAAAUAUGAACUAGGACCACCGUGGGCUAGGAAUUGCAUUGUGAUAACAGAAAUAUAGACUUGAAUUAUAUGGGAAAGAGGAUAAUGCUGCUCAGUGUUGUGUUGUCUUCUCUAUAAGUACACUAAUAUUAAAAAGGCAAAGUAGCAAUUACAUUCCACUUGUAAGUGGGGAUUGUGCUUAUAUGUUUCACUAGGAGAAAAUACUGUCUUUAUGAUGGCUUAGAGUAAAUUUGUGGAUCUAAUGCUUAUGAAAAACAUUUUUUCUUACAUUUUAAAAUUGUAUAAAUCAAAGGAAAGGGACAGGAGUAAUGUUCCACUGGGAAUUUGAAAAGAUUCUAUGAGAAAAAUAGAACGUGAAAUAUUUUACAGUUAAAACAUCAGUGUAUUUAUUUCUGCACUUCUUGUGCUUUUCAUAAACGUUCCCUCCAGUCCUGUCCGUGAACUUAGAUUGGUAACUGCAGGCUAAAUUGAUGAAAUACAUGAUAUUUAAGUAAGAAACAAAAUAUAGCUCCUCAUAUAUUACUUUAUUAUGUUUUGUUGAUGAUAUUACUUCAGAAAGCUUUUGUUUGGCAUUAUAGAUCCAUGUAAUGUAAGAUUACAAUUACAUUUUAUGUAAAUAUUUUGGAAAGGAUUACAUAUUCUCAAUGCACAAACAUUAAGAAUUUGUAUACAUCCACAAAUAGUGCUACACUGACUAUCUAUAUUUUUAUUUUCUUAUCUAUAUCUAAUCCAAAUUUAGAAAAGGCAUUAAAACUUUUAUUAAAACUGUGGCCUACAUAUACACAUCUAAUUUUAUUAUUAAAAACUUUCUUUCAUCUCUUUAGUUUCAAAUGGUAAAUAAAUUACAAAUGCUUUUUUGUGAGAAGCUGUUGUUACAGUAGCAUUUGAGGGAUUAUUUUUCUUUUGAGGAAAAAUUGACAGAUUUAUUCAAUAUAUGAUUGAAAUUACUAAAUGUGCAAAUACCUCAAUUUCAUUG